CCUUUCGCGCAACCCACAUCUUAGCAUUACUCGUCGCUAUCAGCGAUCGACUCUAAUAAUACAUAACAGUUCUUCCAGAUUUCCUUUCCACCACAGCCAUGGCCGAUGACGCAGAGCUCGCCUUCCUCAGGUCGCAAGAGCAGGAGUACGAUCCGUCUGCGGCUUGGCCUCCAGCUGACGACCAGGCGCCCGCCGGCGACGCAGCCGAAGAGGAAUAUGACCCUGCCAGCAACAUGGACACCGCACAAGAGCCCGUUCAGUCUGAGCAGUCGGCAUCGAUGCCAGAGUCCGCAGCAAAUUCACCUCCCUCGGCUGACAACCAGGGUGAGAACGGCUUGAAACCCGUUUCUGCGGACACAUCUGCUGCGCCCACGCCAGCGAAGCAGCCGCGCACCAUUGGUGGGUUUGUCGACGAGAGCGAGGAUGAGGAAGAGGAGCCUGUUGCGGCGCCAAAGAUGGCAGCCCCUGCGAUACUGCGCGCCUCUGAGGCUGCAGAGACUCCGCAGCGUUCAGUUACAAACACUCCAAACAAUACACUUCCCACACCAGAUGUACAGUUACAUAGUGCACAAGAUCAGGGUGCUUCAUCCGUCUCUGCUUCUGUCGCUGUCAAUGAGCCUGCUCCCUUUAUUGCUUCUGUUCCAGUCAAUGGCGCAAUGCCUGUUCCAGACGCUACUAAGCCAGCAGAUCUUCUGACUAUCGAUCCUGCUCGCCAGGCGACCGCUUCUGUCACGCCUGCUCCUCCUUCUGCUUCUCUACCUAAGGCUCGUCUGCCUCAGGAUCGCAUUGGCAUUCUCAACGACCGCAUCCAAGAAGAUCCACGUGGUGACAUCGAGGCAUGGCUGAGUCUAAUCGAGGAACAACGCAAGCGACACAAGCACGAUGAGGCACGCGAUGUCUUCAACCGUUUCUUAGACCAGUUCCCGACAGCGGGCGAAAUAUGGGUUGAGUACAUCAACUUCGAGACAGAGCUCGACGAACUCCCAAGGGUGGAGCAGCUGUUUGGCAAAGCAGUACCGAAUGGUGCCUAUGUUCCCGUGUUCUCAUGUUACAUCGACUUCGUUCGUCGCCGAUUCAACCUCACAAACGAUACCGGCGGCAAAAGUCGAGAGACCAUCGUAAUGGCAUACGAGUUCGCGCUGGAUCAAGUGGGCAUCGACAUUGACGCUGGCAAGCUUUGGAUCGACUAUAUUGAAUUGCAGAAGACAGCUCCUGGCAUACUAGGCGGCACAAACUGGCAGGAUAUGCAAAAGAUGGACACCUUGCGCAAGCUGUAUCAGCGGGCAGUAUCGAUCCCAACUGGUGCGACUCUGGAGAUCUGGCGUGACUACGAUCGAUUCGAAAUGGGUCUCAACAAGGUCACGGGCCGCAAAAACCUCCAAGAGAAGUCUCCAUCCUACAUGACCGCACGAAGCGCUAUCAACGUCCUAGACAACAACAUCACACGGGGCAUCAACAAGACAACAUUGCCGAGGCUACCACCAGCACCAGGAUUCGACGGCUACGACGAGUAUAUGAACCAAGUCAAGCUAUGGAAGCAGUGGAUACAGUGGGAGAAGAGCGAUCCGCUCGAAUGCGCACUCGAUGACCGUGCCCUAUACAACAAGCGAGUGCUACACAUCUACAAGAGUGCGCUGAGGUCACUUCGCUUCUGGCCGGAGCUCUGGUACGAAGCAGCGGAAUGGUGCUACGAGAACGGCCUGCAAACAGAUGGCGACAAGUUUCUGGACGAUGGCAUUAAGGCCAACCCCGAGAGCUGUCUCUUGGCCUUCAGAAAAGGAAACCAGAUCGAGCUCAGCACUGAUUUCGAAGAGGGACAGGCAGGUAUCAUUUCCAAAGGCGCUGCCGUCAAGAAGCCCUACAGUGAUCUGCUAGACACUCUCUACGAUCUCACUGCAAAGACGAAGAAGCGCGAGGAGCAUUCGAUCGCUCGUGCCAAAGAAGUAUUUGAUGCUCAGAAAGCUGCGGACGAUGCGGCGCGGGCCAUUGCACAGAACAGCGCCGAGGAUGCUGAUGAGGACGACGAAGCCGAAGGGACAAGGCGGGCUCAAGAGAAGGACGCUGCUUUCAAUGCGCAAGUGCACGCCAUCUCAGCAGGAUACAAUGCGCAGACCCUCACACUCAAGAAGACGGUGACUUUCGCUUGGAUCACCUUGAUGCAAGCGAUUAGGCGCGUUCAAGGCAAAGGUGGAAACAACUCUGAGGUCCCCGGCUUCCGUGGUAUCUUCACGGAAGCUCGUAGGAAGGGUAAACUGCUCAGUGAAGCAUACGUUGCCAGCGCGCAAAUUGAGCACCACUGUUACCAGGACCCAGCUGCCGGAAAGAUUUUCGAGCUUGGUAUGAAGCUUUUCCCUGAGGAUGAGCAGUUUGCAUUGGAGUACAUCAAGCACCUCAUCAAGCUCAAUGACUCUACCAAUGCGCGAGCCGUGUUCGAGACUAUUGUGGGCAAGCUGACAGCAAAGCCUGAGAACAUUCCCAGGACCAAGCCUUUGUUCCUUUUCUUCCAUGAGUACGAGGCGCACUUUGGUGAGCUAGCUCAGAUCACAAAGAUGGAGCAGCGCAUGGCUACGCUCUUCCCCGAAGACCCUCAGCUGCAACGCUUCUCGCGGCGAUUCGCAAGCCCAACGUUCGACCCUACAACUAUUCGCCCGAUCAUCUCGCCCAGAACACAGAUGAAGCCGGUGAUGCCAGUAAUGCCGAGCAUCAUGCCUUCCGUUGAGGAGGCAAUGCCUAACGCACCGCCGCAAGUUCAAGCACAGGAGCAGCGCAUCGCGUCACCCGCACCCAACGUCCUCAAUUCUCCACACCUCGCGAACUUGCCAGUCGUUACCAACUCGCCGAAACGUCCUCUCGAAGACGGUGAUGAGAGUGCACAACCUCGCAAGCUCGCCCGCGGCGAAUCACCCCUCAAGGGCGCUGCAGGUCGCCGCCUCGACGCUGCACGUCGCAACAUGGCCGCCAGCGGCAGCACACCUGUUGGCCUACUUCAAGGCCCAGCUCCUUUGCCACGCGAGAUCAACUUCCUCCUUGGCAUCAUUCCCGCCGCGCACACAUACCGCGAGACACGCUUCAAACCAGAAGGCAUGGUCAACAUGCUGCGCAACAUCGCCGCCAUUCCAAUUCCCACACCCCCCGGACACGCCCAGGCGCCGGCGCCGCAACGCUGGGGUACUACAGUUACAACGGCGCAGCAAUUACAGAGUAUCCAGGAGAAGUACGGAAACCCGGGCGCGCAGGCGCCUCACAGUGGGCACGUUUGGUCGCAGUAGAGUGGCGCGAUAGGCCCACCUCUUCCAGAUCGUGGUGCUCUACUGGCCGAGCUAGCAGAAUUCGCACCCCUGGCCAGCCUACAUUCAGCACCGACAGCACAGCUACCACGGUGGGCACAGCAAGC